UUUCUGUGCACAUUGUAUUUUGGGCUAAUUUGGUCUCAGUUUGACCUGAGAAAAACCUCAGUUUUACGCAUCAGUCGCUGUAUUGUAAUAGCAAACUUUGCUCUUUGAUUUGUUUAAUUUGUGUCUGGCAAUAACCAAACAUCCUCUUUUUUUAAUUAACAUUGUAUUUGCAAGGAUCAGUCAGUUCUUGGAGUCUUUUUUUUGUGUGUGAUCAUACGAAUCAAAUCCACCUGAUUUUUUGAAGGGAUUUUACAGGUAUCCAGCCACAUCUUCUCAAAAGCAUGAAACAAACCGAGAUGAGCCGUUUGUCUCGUGAAGACGACAACAGCAGCACCAACAGCAACGACUACAACUACCCAGAUUGUCCGAGGAAGGUCCCACUGAAUGAGCAAUAUGCAGACAUGGAUCCGGAGAGUGAAAACUUCCUCCCGGACAAAAACCCAGGGAAGAAGAAGUAUGAGACAGAAUAUCACCAAGGCAAUGCCUCCUUUGGCAUGUCUGUCUUCAAUCUGGGCAACGCCAUCAUGGGUAGUGGAAUCUUAGGGCUGUCCUACGCCAUGGCCAACACUGGCAUUGCACUAUUUGUGAUCCUCCUUGUGGCCGUCGCCAUCUUCUCCUUAUAUUCUGUGCAUUUGCUGCUGAAGACAGCCAAUGAAGGAGGUGCGCUGGUGUACGAGCAGCUGGGCUACAAAGCCUUCGGGAUGCCCGGAAAACUGGCCGCUUCCUGCUCCAUCACCAUGCAGAACAUCGGAGCCAUGUCAAGCUACCUCUUCAUCGUCAAGUACGAGCUCCCCAUUGUCAUUCAGGCUUUUACAGGAAGUAAUGGUGAAUGGUACACAAACGGAGACUACCUGGUGCUACUUGUGUCACUCUUCAUUAUUUUGCCCCUAUCACUGCUUCGGAACUUAGGUUACCUUGGAUACACCAGCGGCCUGUCACUCCUCUGCAUGGUGUUCUUCCUCAUUGUGGUGAUCAUCAAAAAAUUCCAGCUCCCGUGCCCGCUUCCUUUCAAUGUCCACGCCAAGAACGAGACAUUCAGUAACGGCCACAACGCCACCAUAUCGCCCAACAAUGCAACCGCCGUGGACUACAGUGAUGCCUGCACGCCCAAAUACUUUGUAUUCAACUCUGAGACUGUCUACGCUGUUCCCAUCCUGACCUUCGCCUUUGUGUGCCACCCAGCAAUCCUGCCCAUGUACGAGGAGCUCAAAGACCGUUCCCAGAGAAGGAUGCAAGGAGUUGCCAACGUGUCCUUCCUGGCCAUGUUCGUCAUGUACCUCCUGGCGGCACUCUUCGGAUAUCUGACCUUCAACGUGCACGUAGAGUCCGAGCUGUUGCACACUUACUCCAAGGUCUACGAGUUCGACGUGAUCCUGCUCAUCGUCCGCCUAGCUGUGCUCACCGCUGUCACCCUGACCGUGCCCGUGGUGCUCUUCCCUAUCCGUACCUCCAUCAACCAGUUCCUGUGCGCCUCCAAGUUCAGUUGGAUCCGCCACACCAUCAUCACGGUGCUCCUGCUAACCAGCACCAACAUCCUGGUCAUCUUCGUCCCGACGAUUAGAGACAUCUUUGGCUUUAUCGGUGCAUCUGCUGCCGCAAUGCUCAUCUUCAUCUUGCCCUCGGCUUUCUACAUCAAACUGGUCAAGAAGGAGUCGAUGAAAUCUGUGCAAAAGAUCGGGGCCACUGCCUUCCUGUUGUGCGGCUUCGUGGUCAUGAUCGGCAGCAUGAGCCUCAUCAUCCUCGACUGGGUCCACAAUGCCACCAAGGAACACCCAGGCGGACACUAAGGGUCGGGCGCUGGAUUGAGGUCACCAAACUAAUGAAGAUCAAAUUUUAAAACGAAGACACAAGACUUGAUGCUUUGCUUUGCCUGAGAGACAGACUAUGCCAUUCCGAGAGAAUGUACACCCGAACUUGUACAGUUUGCUGUUCUGUCUACACCACAAGUAUGGUGAUUAUUUUUUCCCUGCUUUUUAAAAAAAUUUUUUUAGGGGCCUUCAUAUAACUUCUUUGUCUUUACCCUUAAUGUUAUUGUUUUCAUAGUUAUGGUACAGCUGAAAAACUGAAGGUGCCUCAAAGCAACAAUACGAAACAGGUCAAGGUCGUCUGGAGAGUUGGGGGGGGGGGGGGGGGGGG